AUGUUUAACCUAGCGAACCGCACUGCCGGUGCUCUUCGCUCGCUGCAGCGCAUGGCCGCCGGCAUGGCCACGGCUGCACCGGAGCGAAUUGGAGAUACCAAAGUUCCUAUGAGUUUGCUUGAAAAGGGCGCAUACAUCAACUACCAGCGUAUAGAGGACAACCUGGUCAUCGUUCGCGAUAGAUUGAAGCGACCUUUGACCCUAUCGGAGAAAAUUCUUUACGGUCAUCUUGACGAUCCUCAUGGACAAGAUAUUGAACGUGGUGUCUCAUAUCUCAAGUUGCGGCCUGACCGAGUCGCCUGCCAGGACGCUACGGCGCAGAUGGCUAUCUUACAAUUCAUGUCUGCUGGCAUGGAUACUGCUGCCGUUCCGACCACCGUACAUUGUGACCACUUGAUUGAGGCCCAAGUUGGUGGUGUCAAGGAUUUGGCCCGCGCGAUCGAUAUCAACAGGGAGGUUUACGACUUUUUGGCUACUGCUACUGCGAAGUACGGUCUUGGUUUCUGGAAACCCGGCUCUGGUAUCAUCCAUCAAAUCAUUUUGGAGAACUAUGCAUUCCCUGGUGGUCUUAUGAUUGGCACUGAUUCGCACACGCCCAACGCUGGUGGCCUCGGUAUGAUUGCAUGUGGAGUUGGAGGUGCUGAUGCAGUCGACGUCAUGGCUGGCCUACCAUGGGAACUCAAAUGUCCGAAGGUCAUUGGUGUUAACCUUACUGGUAAAAUUAGCGGAUGGACUUCUCCCAAAGAUGUUAUUCUCAAGGUUGCUGGCAUAUUGACGGUCAAGGGUGGAACAGGCGCUAUCGUUGAAUACAAGGGUCCUGGUGUUGAAUCACUCUCGUGCACGGGUAUGGCGACUAUUUGCAACAUGGGUGCUGAGAUAGGCGCAACAACGUCGAUGUUCCCAUUCAACAACCGCAUGGUCGACUAUCUAAAGGCUACGAAGCGUGGUGACAUUGCCAACUAUGCUUCUCGCUUCGCACACAAUCUCCAGGCUGAUGAGGGUUCCCAAUACGAUGAACACAUUGAAAUUAACUUGUCAGAACUCGAGCCACACGUCAACGGUCCUUUCACUCCCGAUCUCGCCACCCCCAUUUCCAAGUUUGCCCAGGCUGUUGAGGAGAACAAGUGGCCCGCCGAGCUCAAGGUCGCCUUGAUCGGUUCUUGCACCAACUCUUCGUACGAGGAUAUGUCUCGCUCUGCCUCCAUCGCCAACGAAGCCAAGGCACACGGUCUCUCCGUCGCAAGCAAGUACACCAUCACUCCCGGUUCCGAGCAAGUCCGCGCUACCAUCGCCCGUGACGGUCAAAUGGCUGCUCUUGAGGAUGUUGGAGGCUUGGUUUUGGCCAACGCCUGCGGUCCUUGCAUCGGUCAAUGGGACAGGAAGGAUGUUAAGAAGGGCGAACCCAACUCUAUCAUCACUUCUUACAACCGUAACUUCACUGGCCGUAACGAUGCUAACCCCGCUACUCAUGCCUUCGUCGCCUCCCCCGACAUCGUGACCGCCAUGGCUUUCGCUGGCGACCUCCGUUUCAAUCCCCUCACUGACUCCCUCAAGGGUGCCGAUGGCAAGGAAUUCAAGUUUUCCGCACCCACUGGCAACGAGCUCCCCCCUCGCGGUUAUGACCCCGGUGAAGAUACCUUCCAACCUCCUCCCGAGGAUCGCGCCUCUGUCCAAGUUGCCGUCAGCCCCACUAGUGACCGUCUUCAGCUGUUGAAGCCCUUCCAGCCAUGGGAUGGCAAGACACCAAGUGAUCUCCCCAUCUUGAUCAAGGUCAAGGGCAAGUGCACAACCGAUCACAUCUCCGCCGGUGGACCAUGGCUCAAAUACCGUGGCCAUCUCGAGAACAUCUCGCAAAACUGUUUGAUUGGUGCCAUCAACAUUGAGAACGGUGAGGCCAACAAGGUCAAGAACCAACUUACUGGUGAAUGGGGAGGAGUCCCCCAGACUGCUGCCUCUUACCGCGAGAAGGGCAUCAAGUGGGUCGUCAUUGGUGACCACAACUACGGUGAAGGUUCAUCUCGUGAGCACGCCGCCCUCGAGCCCCGCUUCCUCGGCGGUCUCGCCAUCAUCGUCCGCAGCUUUGCCCGUAUCCACGAAACCAACUUGAAGAAGCAAGGCAUGCUUGCUUUGACCUUCGUUGACCCCGCCGACUACGACAAGAUUCGUCCAGACGACAAGGUCGAUAUCCUCGGCCUCGAGGACUUCAAGCCCGGCCAGAACUUGACUCUCAACGUCAAGCACUCUGACGGCGCCUCCGAGCAGAUCCCCCUCGCACACUCCUUCAACGAGGGACAGAUUGAGUGGUUCAAGGCUGGCUCAGCAUUGAACUUGAUGGCUGCUAAGGCCAAGGGCAACUAG